AUGGCAGGGUAUCCUUUGGUCGAUUUGAAGGUCACUCUGGUAGAUGGUAGCUACCAUAAUGUAGACUCGUCUGAAAUGGCCUUCCGUUCGGCAGCUAUGCUGGCCAUUAGGGAAGGAGCCCGUAAGGGUGCUCCGGUGUUGCAGGAACCGUUUUUCGAGAUGGAAGUAGUAACACCGGGCGAAUUCUUGAGUGACGUGCUUGGCGACCUGGGCGGAAGACGUGCCCGGAUUCGAAGCAUUGAAGGCCAAGACGAUCUCCAAACCGUGCGGGCAAUGAUUCCCCUUGGGGAAACGUUUGCUUACACAACGGCUCUCAGAUCUCUCAGCAAAGGCCGUGCUUCGUAUACGAUGGAGUUCCGACACUACGAACCAGUACCGGAUCACCUGGCGCGAAGUAUCGUAAAUACCGCUUAG